AUGUUAAACCCAACAGAAAUCCAGCGAAUACUCGUUCGAAUCGAAAAUGAUUUACCAACGUUCAACAUUCAAGCUAAACGCACACUGGGUCAAAUAUAUGAACAUCAAAUGAUGAUACUUGAUAAACAUGAAAAAGAAAAAGCUGAAUUAUCAAAAUUAUUUGAUCAACAUUAUUUGAAGACUUUUAAUCAUUGUCCUGGGACAGAACAAUCAAUCCAUGAUGCUCAAAUUAAAGCGAUAUAUGAUCAAAUAAAAAAUAAUUUCGAUGCAUUUAAAGAAAAUUGGUCCAAAUCAUCAUUGAAUAUAGAAAAACUUGAUAAAGGUUUUAUUGAACUUAUUACAUGUAUCGAGUCUGAUUUUAACAUAAUGUCGACUGUAUUUAAACAUGUUACAAUAAACGUAAAUCAAUUUGGAGAAAAAAUUAAAAGCAUUGAAAAAGAAAAAUACUGA